AUGUAAAUGAAUACCAGAAAUUGUGGUCUUAUCGGUCCUCUCCUUCUACUUCACUAUUAUAGAUCAUAACUGAACGAUAUUUUUGUUGGAAUGAUUGUGGGAGCGAUAUUAUUACACCUAGCAAAUUAAGUACGACGGUUUGGAUUCAGGAUUACAUUUUUAAAAGACAACACUUAAACAAACAAAUUGUUUAGGUUUAUCAAAGAUGGAAACUUAGAUGAGAUUAAAAAAAUAAGGAGAAAGUUUCCCAAGGAAUAGUUUUUUGAAAUGAAGCCAUUUGGAGGCUAUAAUAUGUUGAUGUUUGCUGCUUCAGAGGGACAUUUAGAUAUUAUAAAGUACUUAGUUGAGGAGGGAGCAAAUGUAAAUGAGAGAUCAAAUAAUGGAGAAACCCCUCUUAUCAGAGCAUGUUAUUUCAAUAGACUAGAUAUUGCAUAAUAUCUCAUCUCAGCUAAAGCAAACAUUGAGCAUGUUACGACAACAGAUCUCACCCCUUUAUAAGUAGCAAUAAUGAGGAAUAAGCCGAACAUGGUGACAUUACUACUGAACAAAGGCGCAAAGUUAAGACUCAAAACUAAGAACUUAUUAGCAGAAGAGAAAAUUUAGAAUAUGACUCCUGAACUCUUAUUAGCAAUAUUUGAGUUUACAGAGUGGCAGAGAAUAAAAUAACCACUUAAAUAUCAAACGGAUAGGGAUAAGUAGAAGAACUAUCCAAAGGAAUUCAUGAGAUUAAAUAAAAACAUUAUGCAUAAAGUCUUGUCAGAAUAUAUUUGA